AUGGCAGGGGAGGAGAAAGGGAUACCAAAGGGCCCACGGAAGGCACUCUUCUGGAGAAAGGCCAAUGCUGAUGCUGAUGGCGAGCGUCAGAAGACCGAAAAGUCUAAAUGGAGCAUGGGAAUGCUGAAUGAUAAAAAGACUAUAGAGGUUCCAGGAUCUGUCUUGCUCCUUGCCCAGGGUCGAAAUGAGCCUCUUGGGCUUCGAAAUGCGCCGGCUAGGACAUCUCAUUCUUCCCUUCCCACAGGCUAUCCACAACCAGCGCCGCCACAGCCAGCAUCCAGGGAGCAGGAUGACAAGAAAUUGACCAAAGACGGGCAGAUUAUCUUAGAUCCGCAGCCGGAUGAUUCACACAACGAUCCCUUAAACUGGCCAACAUGGCGUCGGGACUCUGCUUUGCUUACCUUAGGUCUUUACUGUAUGGUUGGAGGUGGAACGACACCCAUUAUCGCAGCUGGUUUCACUGAUGUCGCGAAGGAUUAUAAUAUAAAUGUCGCCGACGUAUCACUUACUACAGGUUUGUAUAUGAUGGGUCUUGGAAUUGGUUGUGUUAUCUUCUCGCCUACUGCUAUCCUGUACGGCAAACGACCAGUUUACCUUUUCAGUGCCAUAAUAUUCGUCAUAUCGACUGUAUGGUGUGCUCUAUCACCUAACUUUACCUCACUCAUACUGGCUCGUAUCUUUCAGGGAAUCGCUGUGAGCCCGGUCGAAUGUCUCCCGUCUGCUACUAUCGCUGAGAUAUUCUUCCUGCACGAGAGAGCGUACCGCAUUGGUGUGUAUACUCUAUUAUUGCUUGGUGGGAAGAACUUGGUCCCUCUCGUAAGUGCUGCUAUUAUCGAACGCCUCGAAUGGCGCUGGGUAUUCUGGAUCCUUGCAAUAGUUGUUGGUGUUUGUGGCAUCCUUCUAUUUUUCUUCGUCCCCGAGACCUUCUGGGACAGAACUCCAGUACCAAGAUCACGUAAACAUCCAAAGCGCCCUACCAUUUUUAGUAGGAGGUCCUCGGCCCGACAAGUCUCGAAGUCACAUCUAAGCGGGAAUGCUGUUCCCACCGGCGAGAAGCCAGAAGGUGCGAGUGACGAGAAGCCUACAGGAACUCGCCAUGAGGAUAUAUCAAAGGAAACGCAGCCGCGGCAUAAGAAAACCCACGUUGGAUUUGCGCCCGGUCCUGAGGGGGAAUCAGCAACAGAUUUAGGAUACGCACACGCCCAGUCUGUACCAGCGACAGGUUCUACGGCACCGCUUAAUGGUAGAAACGAUAGAAACGAUAGAGACGAUAGAGACGAAUAUACAGCAGCUGGAGAGGAGAUAACUGCUGUACCCACGACGACGGCCGAUGAUAUCCCACACACUCCCCGUCCGAUUGCUAGCCGCACACAGUCGCAUAGCAGUGCAUGGUCACGGGCUAACUGGGAUGGCUCAGGGCAUCUUAGCUCGUCAACGCCAGACUCGCGUAGUUUCCAUUCGCCAUUCUAUCAGCGUCAUACUGAUGAUUAUUUCCGAACGGAGGAGGGGAGCGUGCCUCAUCCGGCUCCAGGAACCGUUCAUUCUGAUACCGAGAGCGAGAAGAUAUCGUUCUCAAAUUUAGCGACGAUAACCACGGGACAGGCUUACACACACGCUUUGCGAAACGCACCGCCAAAAUCCUUUACCCAGCAGUUGAAAGUGCACCAUGGGCGGCUUAGCCAAGACAAAUGGUGGAAGGUAGCUAUUCGUCCUCUAAUCCUCUUUUCAUACCCCUCAGUCCUAUGGUCGGCCGCGGUAUACGCCUGCUCGAUCGGCUGGUUGAUCGUGAUAUCGGAAUCAGUGGCUGUCAUCUAUCGAGAAGGUAGUUAUAAGUUUAGCGCGUUGGGAACGGGCCUUGUCUACAUAUCACCUUUCGUAGGUGGUGUUCUAGGCACGGCCGUGGCAGGCAAGGUUAGCGAUAUCAUCGUUAGGGCGAUGGCACGGAGGAAUGGUGGUCUAUACGAGCCCGAGUUCCGGCUCGUGAUGGCCGCGCCAAUUUUGGUGACCACGGUCAUCGGGCUCAUGGGAUUCGGGUGGUCAGCUUACGACAACGACGCUUGGAUUGUUCCGACCAUCUUUUUCGGAGUGGUCUCGUUCGGUUGCUCGCUGGGUUCUACGACAUCGAUCACAUUUUGCGUGGACAGCUACAGGCAGUAUGCAGGAGAGGCUUUAGUCACUCUAAACUUCAGCAAGAACAUAUUUCACGGACUAGUAUUUAGUCUAUUCGUCACCGAAUGGCUUACGAGUGAGGGUUCUAAGACGGUGUUUAUCUGGAUCGGCAUUAUCCAACUCAUUUUGCUCCUAUUUACGAUACCCAUGUACAUCUAUGGCAAGAGGGCUCGCAUGUGGACUGUUAGAAAGAAUUUUAUGGAAAAGUUCUAG